GUUGUACAAGAGUCUCUUCUAGAGAGAAAGAGAAAGUGUCUAUGUAUAAAAGACUUUGCAAUUGUCCUUGCACAAGAGACUUGAUCAUUAGAAAAUGUUUAUUUUAAAGAUACACUCUAUAGAAAUUCUAUUAUAAAUUUAAGUCAUUUUUUAAUUCUAAAUCAAUAAAUUUAUAAGAUAAAUUCCUGAAAUUUCAAAUCCGAAUUUUCCAUGCCUGACUUAAAUACUAACUUUUGCAAAAGAUGUUAGUUGAAUUUUUAAACGUUUAACAACACUGUAAAUAAAAACGGUACUUUAUUUUUUUGUUAACGAAAAAACAAGCAUCACUACACAAGAAGCAGUUUAACUAGAAAGCUUGUACAGAUUAUUCAUAUUAUUUGGCUACUUUUAUUUAAAAUUAAUAAGUGUUGACUGCCUCAAAUAUUUAAAUAUAUAAAAUAAUACUAUAUGGACGAAAAAGUAAAAAUUCGAACAUUUUGUUAUUUUAAACAAAAGUGUCUGCCAUUAUAUAUUGUUAUUUCAAACAAAAGCGUCUCUGUACAUGAGAAUUUUCAAUAAAAAGUGUCUCUAUUCAAAAAACAAGAUACUAUUUCUAUAGAGUGUGUCUAUAAAUAAAGGGUCUGUGUAAAAUAAACAUUUUCUUUAAUAUCCAUUAUAUUGUCAUAUUUUUAUCAAAUGUGUUUUCCUAUAUUCUACUCAGCUGCCCAAUUCGAAAGAUCAAAAAGUUUCUGGAGUAUUGGAUCAAAUUUUUAAAUUACUUGGCAAUAAACGAAAGCUGCCAUUUGGAACAAUUUCCAAAAAAUAUUCAAAGAUAUACAGUAUUGGGAAGUUACAAACCGACACCACCUACUAAAAAUUGUUCAUUUACGAAGAGACACACAUUUUUAUUUAAUAAUCGAGCAGAAUAUUUUUCGGAUUAAAUUGCAAUAGAGAAAAACUACAAUUUGGAAUAGUUGGAAAGUUACACACUGCCACCACCCCAUAAAAAAUGUUUUCAUUAGUAAAAUUUGACAAUGACAAGCUUUCAAUUGUGAAUUCAAAAAAGGUGGAUAAAAUUAUUAAAGGGACAUGCGUCGUAAAAUACAAUGGUGGAAAAUAUGCCGCGCUACUUGUUGCUCAAAAUGAUGAAAAAUCAUACCUCCUAGAUUUAAAAAUAAAAAAGGAAAGUAUUUCAAAACCUAUACUCCAAUCAAAAAUCAAACAUGGAGGAGUACAAUCGUCCCAUAAUAUUUCGACAUCUUCCAAUUUGAUUUCAUCCCCAUCGCCAAAAAAAUCUACAAAUAAAUUUAAUGCGAAUAUAAUAUCUUCUAAUCGAUGUUUUGAAUUGCCAUUACAUACUUCUCCGAAAAAUGAUAAUUUAAAAUGUAAAGUAAAUGACAAAUUAACUCUUGUGUUGGAACACAAUAAAAAUAUGUACCCUUCCGAGACAUUAAAUAUUGUAACGGAAGCAUGCCGCGAUAAAAAGUCUUUAGAUGAAUUAAACACCAUUCAAACGCCUCAAAAAGAAAAUUUUACACCACCUGUAUAUAUUUCGCCAAAAAAUUCUAAUUUAAAAUUAUGCAAAAAUAAUAACAAACUAGUGCUUUUAUUUGACCGAAAUGAAAAUUUUUUUAAGUCCGAUUCAUUAAAUAUCGAUGAAAAUCAAAAUUCUUCGGAGAUAUUCAAUCCGAAAAAUGAACUAUCGUCAAAAAAAGCUCCUGUAACAGUUAACAUAGUAAUGUCGCCUACAAAAUCUAAGAACUUAAAUCAAACUAAUGGCCCUAAGUCACCGGAAAAAUAUAAUUUGGAAUUAGACAAAAACAAAGUAUCCAUUUCAUCUGAUAACGAUCAAAAUACCUCUGGAAAAACAAAGUCCCCAACUGAAACUCCCCAUAAAUUAACGUUUAAUGAAAGUUUAAUAAUGCCUUUUGAUUCAACUGUUAACAAAUAUAAUAGUACCAGAUUAUCUGACAUCACAUUAAAAUCGGAAAGUUCUCAUUCAAAUUCCAUUUUCAACAAAGAAAUAUGCACCACAUCUGACCACGAUCUAGAUACCUCUACAGAUAGAUUCAAAGCCAAUACAAAAUCUUCUACUGAAUUCUCUACCCAUAAAGUAACUCCUGAAGAAAGUUUUAUAAUGUCUCUUGAUUCUACUGUUAACAGCUUAUCUGACAUAACAUUAAAACCGGAAUGUUCUUCUUACUCAAGUUCCAUUUGCAACAAGGAAAUAUGUACCACAUCUGAUCACGACCCAAAUACCUCUGAAACGUCUCAUAAAGAAACUCAGGAAGAAAGCUUUAUAAUUAAUCUUGAUAAAACUACUAACAAACAUAAUAGCACCAGCUUAUCUGACAUACCGUUAAAACUGAAAAGUUCUUACUCAAGUUCUAUUUUAAAUAAGGAAAUAUGUAAUACAUCUGACCACGACUUCAAUGUCACCGCAAAUACAAAGUCUUCUACUGAAACGUCUCAUGAAAAAUCUUUAUUAACACCCAAUGAAUGUUUUUUAAUGCCUGUUGAUCCAAUUGUUAACAAACAUAACAGUACCAGCUUAUCUGACACCCCAUCAAAACCGGAAAGUUCUGCUUACACAAGUUCAAUUUAUAUAGAAGAGAGUUCAUUUUCAGAAUAUUUACCAGAAACUUCAACCGAUGUAAGUAAAGAGCCAUUAAAGAACUGUAAAAACAUUUCAGAGAUUAAUACAUCUGUAGAUGUAAUUGAUACGCCCAUAAAUGUAGAAAAAGUUGAAGUUCCACAUUCUACAAAUAGGUAUAAAAAACAUUUUUGUAUAUUUUGUAAAACGUUACAGUCAAAAAUUAGUAGACAUAUAUUUUUGAGGCAUAAGGAUGAAAAAGAAGUCAAAAAAGCUUUAAUAUUACCCAAAAAAAGUAUGGAACGUUUAAAAAUAAUUAAUGAAUUAAGAAAAAAAGGUGAUUUUUUACAUAAUACAUCCUCGAAUUUCAACAGCGGAAUUUUAAUUGUUAGUCGGCAACAACAGCGUAAUAUCAAAAAUAAAGCUGAUGAUUAUGUCUGCUGCACAAAUUGUAAGGCUUAUUUUUCUAAGAGAACGCUUCGAAUUCACACUAAAAAAUGCCUCCCCAAUAAAAACAAACGCUCAAAUUUUAUUGAAAGCCGAAGGUCAACGCAGUAUAUGCAUUCGGUAGCCAAUAAGGUUUUAAAAUCAAAAAUUUUUCCUGUUUUGCGCGAUGAUAUAAUAUCAAGGUCUGUGCGGUAUGACGAACUCAUUUUAAAAUUUGGUAACAAACUGACCGAGAAAUAUUCAUCCGAGCAUCAGCAUGACAUGAUACGUGCAAACUUAAGAUUACUUGGACGUUUUAAAAUUGAGUUAAAACAAUUAGAUCCGGAUAUAAAUGAGCUAAAAGAUAUUUUUAAGCCACAUUUAUUUGAUAAAUGUGUUAAAGCCCUACGAACUGUGGCUCAAUGGGAUGAAGAUUUAAUGUGGUUCAAAACGCCCGCAGUAGCUCAAAACCGAUAAAAAAAUGUGGCAAAAAACAACGAGCUGAGUUUAUUAAAGAAGAACGUGAAGACCUGAAAAUUGAUUUAGAGAAUUUUCUUUUGCUUUGGGAAGAAGAAAUUCCAACAUUGAUAAAUAAAAAAGCGGUAGAAGAC